AUUUUUUCUUUUUACGAGCACAGGAAAGAAAAGAGGUAAGCAGCAACAACAACAACAGCAACAACAACAACGACAACAACAACAACGAUGAACGCAAAGACACUAUCCUUGUUCUGUCUCCUCUUCUUCGUUGGGUCAUCCUUAAGUGAAGACCGAUCGACGGACCUGUGUGGAAGAUGCGAACUCUCUUACAAGAAGGCUAUGGAAGAUAACACUCUCGAGAUUAGGGAAGUUGGACCGACUGACGGGAAAUGCACCAAUGGUUCUACUCUCCUGAUUCCAGAACCUGGACGCUGCUGUGAAGACUCCAAACUGUGCAAGAGCGGCCACGGGAGUGAUUGCCGUCACAAUUUUCUCUACGAAAACGGCCAAAUUCGCUGCGACCAUUUCCUCCCUAGUUACUGCCCCGACCAGCAAUGCUGCGGCUGCUGCCUGAACUGUAACGUCGACGUAUGUUCCCGCUGUUUUCACGAGGAAGGUGCUACGUGCAGGAAACAAUGCCAGUGGAAUGAGUACCUGGUUUCAACCCGGUGUCACAGUCCUUAUUGUCAGUGUUGCAGAAAGUGCGAAAUAGAACGGUCUUGCCAUUUUGCCGGGGGAUACUGCGUGGGUCAUCCUCAUUUCUGCAAAAGGGGUUAUUAUGCCACGAAAGGUGGCUGUACUGGAGAUUGCUGCUACUGUUGCCGUCCGAUUCCAGAAUAUACAGAUGGGAUAGACAAGACACCAUAAAUGGAUCACCGGAUUGAAUGAAUAGUUAUUUACAUUAACACUCAGUAGACACACACACAUAGACAGACACAUAGACACAGACACAUAGACAUAGACACACACACACACACACACACACACACACACACACACACACACACACACACACACACACACACACACACACACACACACACACGCAAAUGCAUUUAUAUGCACAUUUAAAUUCACCUUUACAUGUACACGCACAACAUUUUAAUUGGCUGAACUGUUCAGUAAUACGAAGAAGGGAGAAUUAAUAUACAAUAAAUAAAUGUAUAACAUACUAAAGAGAUUUAGGAAGAAAGAAUAUUACCUUUCAUGUGUAAUUUAGCCCAUUUUCCAAAUGUCUUGAUAAUUAGGCCUAUAAAUCAGCACAUUAGAUGGAAAACUCAUGUAAGGAUGAAAUCACAAUUAUUUUAGUAUAGUUUCUGCCAAUCUGGAAUAUCUUAGUUUUCUAUCAAUAAUUUGAUAUAGAAAACUGUAUUACAUUAACGUGUAACUAAAAUAAAACUUUGCUGCAUGGUAA